AUGAAGGACCUGUGUAUGCUCUGGGGGGCCAUGGGCAUUUGCUGUGCCACCCUCAGUGCCUCUGCUUGGUCAGUGAACAAUUUCCUGAUAACAGGUCCCAAGGCCUAUCAGACCUAUACCACCAGUGUGGCCCUGGGCGCCCAGAGUGGCGUCGAGGAGUGUAAGUUCCAGUUUGCGUGGGAACGCUGGAACUGCCCGGAAAAUGCUCUCCAGCUCUCCACUCACAACAGGCUGAGAAGUGCCACUAGGGAGACUUCCUUCAUUCAUGCAAUCAGCUCUGCUGGAGUCACGUUCACCAUCACCAAGAAUUGCAGCAUGGGAGAUUUUGAAGACUGUGGCUGUGAUAAGUCGAAAAACAGAAAAACAGGAGGCCAUAGCUGGAUUUGGGGAGGCUGCAGCGACAACGUGGAAUUUGGAGAAAGAAUCUCCAGACUCUUUGUGGAUGGCCUGGAGAAGGGGAAGGAUGCCCGAGCCCUGAUGAAUCUUCACAACAACCAGGCAGGCAGGCUGGCAGUGAGAGCCACCAUGAAGAAGAACUGCAAAUGCCACGGCUUCUCCGGGAGCUGCAGCGUCCAGACAUGUUGGCUGCAGCUGGCUGACUUCCGGGAGACGGGAGACUACCUGAAGGUCAAAUAUCACCAGGCGCUGAAAAUGGAGGUGGAUAAACACCAGCUGAGGGCCGGGAACAGUGCUAAGGGACGCCAGGCACCCAACGAAGCCUUCCUCCCUGGUGCAGAGGCUGAGCUGGUCUUCUUGGAAGAUUCCCCAGAUUACUGCUUCCGCAAUUCCAGCCUGGGCAUCUAUGGCACCGAGGGGAGGCAGUGCCUGCAGAGCAGCCGCGGCGCGUCCAGGGGCCAGCGGCAUGGCAGCUGCGGGCACCUGUGCACCGAGUGCGGCCUGCGGGUGGAAGAGAAGGUGCAGGAGGUCGGCAGCAGUUGUAACUGCAAAUUCCAGUGGUGCUGCAGGGUCAAGUGCGACCAGUGCAGGCACGUGGUGCACAAAUACUACUGCACUCUGUUCCCAGACGGUGCCUAG